AUGGCACAUGCGGGGACCAUGGGGCCGCAUGUGCAGAGUGGGGCAUGCGCGCAGGAGGCGACAUGCGAAGGCGAGGAUGGAGCUCCAGGAAUCAGCAGUGGGGGAGAGAAACGCUCUGAGGAGGAGGAGGAGGAGAGCGAGUGGAUAACAGGGCAGGUUCUCCGCAGGAGGAAGAUGCGUCGAAACUUGCUGUUGGUGUACAUGAAGAUCGAGGGAGAGGGCGAGGGAGGGCUGGUGUUGCUGGUGAUGUCUGUGGAGACAUCGUCCAGCGAGGUCUUCGAGGAGUUCAGAGCGAACGUGCGGCCAGGCGAUCGCAUACGAGUGACGGGGAAGGUGCAAGAGCCGGGGGUCGAUGCCGUCGCAUGUCAGUUCGAGGUCUUUUGCAGGGACUUUGCGAUAGAGGAGAAGUGGGAGACGGAGAAGAGGGGCUGCUUCCAAGACAGGACAGCAGCACUCGUAUCUGGUCCGAGCAUGCAGGAGGAGAUGAGCGUUGAUCAAGAUGCUCCUCUCUGCAAGGCGUGGAUCAACACAGGACAGUGCUUGAAGGGGGCAGCGUGCAGGUACCGACACGACACUGGGGGGGAGACGAUCGGCAAGGCGCGAGCGAUGUGGGUGGCGGAGAGGAGGAGGCAGAGGCUGCAAACUCCUUCUGCCCUCGGGGACCACCUCCCGCCCUCUGACAAGUGCAGCAAGAGGCAACGAGCGUCCAUCUUCUGCAGGUGGUUGAUCGACACGUUCGGCAAGGAGAAGAUGUCUCGAGGGGUUCUGGAUGUGGCGGGAGGAAGCGGGGAGCUCAGUUACGAGAUGGUCAUCAUGAGCAGGAUACGAUCGACAGUCGUUGACCCCCAGGCCGAUCAAGUUCAACAAGUGGCAGCAUCGGUACCUCCCCGCAACAUUGCCAACCUCCUCGCUCCUCGUUUCAAUUCAUAG